AGGCAGGACAUCGACUAACAACUUCUGUGUCCCGCAGAAGCCGUGCGACGGAGAAGGAAUACUUGGAGGUCUUGGGUGUGCCACUGACACCGGAUUUUACCGCUGUUGGUUUGGCCUACUUUGCACAGGGGGCUCUUGCGCUGGCCGCCUUGGCGAAGCCUUUCUACGUGAAGGACACACUUGGUUUGUCCCCAGCGGAGGCCACUGCGUUCAUUUCCUUGACGUAUUGGCCAUGGAUUAUGAAGCCAUUGUGGGGCUUCAUUGCCGAUUCCGUGCCAAUCUUUGGUUCGCGAAGACAGGCAUACUUGGUGCUUGCUGGUGCAGUGAGUGUUGUUGGUUGGCUCGGACUUGCCGGCUGGUGGCCAGUGCAAGUGGGCAAGGAGGCAACAUUGCUUUUUAUGAUGCUGGGCAAUCUUGGCAUUGCCUUCAGCGAUGUCGUGGUGGAUGGGUUGGUGGUGGAGAAAGCCAGAGACAAUCCCCAGUUGAUGGGUGGCCUACAGUCCUUCAGCUGGGCGUGCAGAGGUUGUGGUGCCAUCCUCUCAGCGUACUUCAGUGGAGCACUGUUAGAAACUAUUGGAGUGCAGAACGUUUUUGCGCUCACAGCGACCCUUCCCUUUUUUGUGAUCAUCGCAUCAGUUUUGAUCAAAGAAUCCAAACAGGAGGUGCCGAAUUAUUCCUGGGAUGAGGCCAAGCAAACCAUGGAGCAAGUCUGGGAGGUGGUCAGCUCACCCGCUGUCUUCCCAUCUGUGCUCUUCAUCCUCAUUUGGCAGGCCACGCCAACUGCCGGAUCUGCGAUGUUCUACUUCUACACGAAUGAAUUGCACUUCGCCCCAGAGUUCCUGGGACGAUCUCAGUUGGUGGGAUCAUUGGCUAGUUUGGCUGGCAUUGUUCUCUACAACCGCGUGUUCUCCUCGGUGCCUGUGAAAGACUACCUUUUCCGUGUGCAGUCUACAGCUGUUCUGCUGGGAUUCCUGCCACUUCUGCUCGUCACGCGAACAAACCUGGCGCUUCACAUUCCUGAUCAAGCCUUUGUACUGGGUGAUGAUGUGAUUCAGACAGUGGCUGGCGAGCUGGCUCAUAUGCCCAUUCUGGUCCUUGCUGCACAACUUUGCCCACCAGGGAUCGAGGCCGCUGUUGAUGUCUCUCUUGAACUUGGCAAGCUUCGUGUCAUCCAACCUGGGUGCACUCAUCACGCAUGUCUUGGAGGUGAACGAAUCGGAUUUCCACAACUUGGCCUUGCUGAUCUUUUUGUGCAACAUCAGUGGCUUGCUGCCCUUGGUCUUGCUGCCAAUGCUUGGGAAAACACGUCCAGGCAUCACACAAGCAUCGUGAGAGAAAACGCACAUCCAACAGGACAAAUCGGUUUCAAGCAGAGCAUCUCUUUCGCUUCUUUUCAGCCGCCUUUGUCAGUGGCAGAGUCGGAAGGCUCCGUUCGUUUUCUGCUUCAUCUGAAGCACCUUUGACCUUUUUGAAAGUGGUGCCGUU